AUGAAGAAGCGCCAAACAGAGGGACACCUGCUCAGUGGGCCCGCCUUCACACGUGCGCCUCACGUCCAGCGCCUCGCCUGGCCUCACUUUAGUGCCACUGAGAUGAUGGGCUGCGGCACCAGCAAGGUGCUUCCGUCCCCAAAGAAUAUGGAUAAUCGUCCAAACAAUAAUAAUAAUCCGAAGAAGAAGAGCGACGUAAGCGUGGUGCAGUCACUGGUGGCCUUCACCAAAGAACGCAACAACCACAAGGAACCAAAGAAGAACAACUCUGGCUGGUUUUCCACGAAAAGCAAGACUCGAAUUUCUACAGGACAAACGGUGAUGAAAGAUGAAAAGCAGCACGAGGAAAGAGGCGACACAUAUAAGGACAAGUUUGAUGUUCGAGUCACUGCCAGAUACCACAUCAAGGCGCUGAUCGGCCGCGGCAGCUUCAGCCGGGUGGUGCGCGCCGAGCACAGGACCAGUCGUCAACCCUUCGCCAUCAAGCUGAUGGAGGCGGAGGCCCCCCAGGCCCGGGAGGUGUGCGCGGCGGAGCUGGCGGUGCUGCGGCGCGUCCACCACCCCAACGUGGUCCGCCUAGUGGAGGUGUUCCAGGGUCUGAGGCGGGUCUACGUAGUUCUGGAGCUGGCUACGGGUGGGGAGCUUCUGGACCGGGUCAUCAGCAGGGGGCGCUACACGGAGCGGGACGCCACCCGAGCCCUGCGCAUGGUCCUGGCCGGGGUGGGCUACCUCCACUCGCUGGGUAUCACCCACCGAGAUCUGAAACCAGAGAAUCUUCUUUACUACCACCCUGGCGUCGACUCCCGCCUGCUGGUGACCGACUUCGGACUGGCGACGUUUGGAGGCGCAGUGGCAUCAGGUAUAAGUGAGGGUGCCCAAAGUGCGGAAUUUACCGGGACCAGCAGCACGUGGUCCUUAAGAACCACAUGUGGAACCCCGGAGUACAUGGCCCCAGAAGUGGUGUUGAGGAAACACUACUCCUGCGCCGUGGACAUGUGGGCUGUGGGGGUGAUCGCCUACAUCCUACUGAGCGGGUCCAUGCCCUUUGAGGACGACACCCGAACUCGGCUCUUCAGGUCCAUCGUCAGAGGGAAGUACAGCUUCCGUGGAAACCCUUGGCCCUUCGUGUCCGAUCCCGCCAAGGACUUCAUCUGUGGUCUGCUGGAAUUGGACCCGGACCGCCGUCUGAGUGCCGAGCAAGCCUCGCGUCACUCAUGGAUUCUCACCGCAUCUUCCGCGCGAAACCUCCAGCGAUCCAUCUCCCGGAACUUGCGGCAGCGGGAGUCCCGGAAUUCUUCGCGUUGUAAAGGCAGGACGACGAACUCGGCGGCGGAUGUCCGUUCGGUAUCCAAACGUCCUGCUCGAGCGAUGGAUCGGUGAGAGGGAACAUUUGGUCGGAAGCCCCCUUUCACGCUACAUUUCUCAAAAAAUCGGCACAUCAGAAGUGUAACAGUCGAGCUGGAAUUUAUUUGCCAGUGGCCGAAGCGGGACUUGCAUAUUGGUAUAAGAAGAGGACGUCAGAGACGGAGACAAUCACUGACCACAACAUUAGGUACACCUGUGCCAACUACAUGCUCCUCAAUGUAAUUCAUGUCUUGACCAUUGUGUUUUUCGUUUGAAGUGGUGUACAACCGCAACGCCGCAUUAAAGUGCCAAUAUUCUGCAUAAAUGCGAUGCUUAAUUGUGUUUGGUGACUCGCUUGAGGACACAUUUGACCCUUAAAUCGGAAUUAUCGGAGGCUUGAUAACAGCCGAUCAUUAUCUGCCCUCUCUCUCUGACCUGGGAUCAAUGUUCCUGGAGGCGAAGCAACCAAAGACUGUUUCUUUUUCUUUGUUUAAUUUAAAUAAACA